GUAUGUCUUAUCUUGGUCUGCAGGGGAUGAUCAAAUAACAGAAUCGCGUAUUAUUCUCUUUUACCCUCUACCAAACAGCACCUUUGUAUAUAGCUUAAUUGGAAACGAUCAGAACAGAAUAUAUGAAUUGUAAAAUUGAAGAAUAUGAAGGAUAACAUCAAUUGAAAAGAAUUAACUGGUAAAGUUUAAACAUUGUGAAGAGAGCUAUGAAACAUAAAUAAUAAUAUUUACGCGCGUUGUUUAGGGAAAGAACAGUUCUUUGAGUUAAAAUUAUGCGUUAUUCAAUUGCUGGAUUUCUCAACUUUCAAUUCGUUUCUAUCAUAGUGACCAAUAUCCUCAGAAAGACAUAAAUUUUCUUUAUCGUGGUAGAGCAAAAAAUAAAUGUCUUUGAACUUAAACGCUUAAAGUGUACAAUUAUCUACCUCGCCUACAACUUGGAGACGGCGUGUAAGUUGAAAAAGUAGAAGUUCAUGCUUUCACUCGUGUUUUUUCGUUAUCCUAUUUACAUAUGUUUAUUGGCUUUUUGUGUUAUUCGUACCCUUCUUGCUUUUUGGGUGUUGUUGGUUUCUUUCAACUACUCAAAAGCAAUGCAAAAUGAACUCCUGUUUCAAUUUUUAGAGCAUGAUUUAUCGCAACCUAGGUUGCUCAAAGUCGAAUUGAAAUUAUGGGAAAAAUAAUACAAAAAUCCUUGCUAUAAAACAAAAAAACAACUUUUUUCAGAAGUAAUUACAUCACGGCUUCAAUGUUUUCUUGCUCAUUCUAAAUGCAGCCACUCUUCCGUUAGUAUGAUAUUGUUACUUACACCUCUUCAUUUCGUCUUCCCUACCCUAACGGGCUUUAUUUACCGAAAAUUACUUAUGUCUAAACGUGGAUAUUCCGACUAAUGACAUCUAGAAUCUCUUACUUUUCACCACUCAUAUUAGACAUAGCCAAACACGUGCAAUGCUUCCUUACUGUCUAUUUAGAUUUUGAGUUCUAUAUAAAGUCUUUGGUAAGAGCGUAAAGUUUGUUUGGUACAAGUGAUUCUCCUAUAAAAAAUCGUCCAAUAUUCGUGGAACGUGAGAAAUCACGACGAACUACGGUUGAAAAAGGUUAUAGGCCGUCGUCUAAUAGCAGUUUGGAAUUGCAUACGGUCUUAUACUCUUGCAAAAAAAAAAAAAACAAAAAAACAACUAUAACGUGAUCCCUAUUUAAAGUUGAUGAAAUCAACAGAAUUCUAAAUAUUUAUUACAACGUUUCAUUUAACUGGCGUCAUAUUCAAUCCCCCAAGUUUCAAGUCAUUUUAUAAAGAUUCGGCUUUCAUAACGUUUUCUUACUGAGUUGUUUGUUUCCCUUAGUUGAAUCAAUGGCAGUACAAUUCCCUCUCAUUUCGUUAAGAGGCAUCAAGUUUCUGCCGAGUCAAGCGAUAUCUCGUGCUUACCCCUGUUCGUGUACUCGAGGAAUUUCAUCAUCUCUUUCUCUUUCACUUUCACAAAAAAACCGUAUAUUGAACGAGGGUGUGAGAAACUUGCAAUAUGCCUCGUUUUCGACUGUAUCAAGGUCUCGCAGACUAAGAGGCGCAAUCUCCAAAGGCUAUUUUUCAAAGCAAUACAGUGCCAAAAGCAAUUCCGAUUCAAUCUCGUCAGGUGUCGGUUCUAGAGGGAACUUCCCCAACAAGUAUAAAGAUACGGUCUAUUUUGGUUAUAAGCCUAAUGUCUUUGCCGGAAAAGAAGAACAGAAAAAGAAAGUAAUUGACUGCCUCCGAAAUGAACGGAAAUCAAUUCCUGAUGGGUCAAUUGAAGACGAGGUAUAUCGUUUUUAUGAUCAUAUAGGGUUAGAUGACUAUUACUUUCAAAUGGAACCUAUGGAAGCGAUCGCUGAACAUAUUGAAAUCAUUUAUGCUGCUAAAGUAGCUGCUCGUGCGUCUCAUGCAAGAGAAGAACUCAAUAUUCACGUUAAAAAUGAGAAUGAUGACUCCGCUAUUUAUUUGGAUAGUGCUCCUGUUACACAGAUGGAAUUGGAUAAAUCUCAUGAAAUAGAACAGGCCAUUUCUAAGCGUUACUUGGAUAACCCAAAAGAUGAUGCCCCGUCUUUUCGCCUUGAGUCAUUCACCUCAACCGCCAACAUUGACCGUGCUAGUACAGAAAAUUCUAACAUUCACACCUUUCUCGUGACCAAAUGUAAUUUCAUUGACCCCUCUAACAGUAUAUCUUCCUCACAAGAGAUUCCCAAAAUUGCUUGGGUUUCAGACCAAACGUUUUUGGAAAAGGCCUCCGAGCAAACUAUUCAAAUGUACCAAAACGUAAUGGAUACCGUGCUAACUCGUUUCGGUCCCGCUGUUGGUGUGUUUGAGCAUCAACAGCGUUCUGAAAUCCGUUUGGUUAUCGGUUAUCGUCGUGGAUCCAUUAUGAGAUACUUUCCUUCAAUCUCAAAUCUGCUCCGCUACUACGGUUUGUCUUCAUUUCGAACAUAUAUUGAGCAAUUUAGUAAUGGUGUAACCAUCAUCAGUUACAACUUUAAAUCUGAAAGUUUUAAGAAUGCAGCCAGUUCUUCCUCUGUUGAGGAGCUUUUCGAUCAAAUUACAAAGGAAGCUUCUCUUUUAUACUGUUUACCUUAUACUGAUAUCGAUUCCAUGUUCACGUCUUCCAAGUUAUCCAUCCAAGAGGUUGCUUACGCUCAUAGUGUCCGUGUAUUUUCUGAGCAUGUAAUGAAUAAGCUUGGCAGCGAAUACACAAGUUUAUCAGCUAUUCUUGACCAUUCAAAUCACCUUCAUGUUGAGAUUUUGGACACAAUUAAGCGCCGCCUGUCAGUUCUUGCGUUUACUCGUACUAAGAUCCAUGAUAUAAUAGUUAAAUAUCCUCAACUGGUUCGCAUGAUGUUCGAUCAAUUCUACCUCCAACAUUCUAUCGGAACUGGAUCUUCUCGACGUCUACACCGUGCUAAGCCUGAUCUUUCAUCCCAAUCUCUAGACCCACAAUUCAUAACUGAGAUAUCUACCGAGAAACUUAUGGAAACUAUUCAGAAAACUUGUGCUAACGAUGAAGACGUAUCCGUUAUGGAAAUGUUUGUUAAAUUUAAUAAUCAUCUAUUAAAAACGAACUUUUUCUUAACUACAAAAGUCGCUUUAAGUUUUCGGUUUGACCCUUCAUUUUUAGACCAAGCUCAAUUUGGAGAUCCUCUAUACGCUAUGAUCAUGUCUGUCGGUAAUGAAUUCAGAGGUUUCCAUUUGCGCUUUAGAGACGUUGCUCGUGGUGGAAUCCGUUUGAUCAAAUCUGCAAAUUCCGAGGCUCUUAAUCUUAAUGCUCGUGGACUGUUUGAUGAAAACUAUAAUUUGGCUAAUACGCAGAUGCUCAAGAAUAAAGACAUACCUGAGGGAGGUGCCAAAGGUGUUAUUCUUUUGAAUCUCAAGUAUCAAGAUAAGCCUGCAUUGGCUUUCCAAAAAUAUAUUGACAGCAUCGUUGAUUUGCUAAUUCCAAAUGAACAAGAGCAAAUAGUGGACAAGUACGGUAAGCCGGAAAUAUUAUUCAUGGGACCUGAUGAGAAUACUGCUGAUUUGGUAGACUGGGCAACCUUCCAUGCACGUAAUCGUAAAGCUCCUUGGUGGAAAUCUUUCUUCACCGGAAAAAGCCCUAGUAUGGGAGGUAUUCCACAUGAUAAAUAUGGAAUGACUUCCCUUUCAGUUCGUCGUUAUGUGGAAGGCAUCUAUAGAAAAUUGAAUCUCGAUCCAACCAAGUUAAGUAAAAUCCAGACUGGAGGUCCCGAUGGUGAUUUGGGUUCUAAUGAAAUAAAACUUUCCAAUGAAAAUUAUAUUGCUGUGAUUGAUGGAAGUGGUGUUAUCUAUGAUCCGGCUGGUCUGAAUAAAUCAGAACUUUUGCGCUUAGCCAACGAGAGAAAGAUGAUUGAUCACUUUGAUACCGCUAAGCUUAGUGCUGAAGGCUACAGGGUGUUAGUCAAAGAUAACAAUGUUAGACUUCCGAACGGGGAAGUUGUAAACAAUGGAACCACUUUCCGAAAUACUGCUCAUCUUCGUUAUAAGGCAGAUGUGUUCGUUCCUUGUGGUGGACGUCCUGGUGCCAUAAACAUCAACAAUGUUGAUCAACUAAUUAAUGAAGCUGGAAAACCUAAAAUCAAAUACUUGGUGGAAGGAGCUAAUCUAUUCGUAACUCAAGAUGCCAAGACUGUUUUAGAAAAAGCAGGAGUAGUUGUGAUUCGUGAUGCUUCCGCCAACAAGGGUGGUGUGACAUCUAGCUCAUUAGAAGUUUUAGCAUCCUUAUCCUUUGACGAUGCCUCCUUUAUAGAGAAUAUGUGCGUGCGUGAUGGAAAAGAACCAGCAUUUUACACGGAUUAUGUGAAUGAAGUGAAAGAGAUAAUUCAGGAAAAUGCCAACAUGGAGUUUGAAUGUCUUUGGGAGACCCAUAAAAAGCAAAAGAUAACUUACACCAGCCUGAGUAGUAAGCUUUCUGAAUUGAUUGUCAAGUUGGAUAAUGAGAUUUACAAAUAUGAAAAGUUAUGGUCCAAUAAACAAUUCCGGAAUCUUAUCCUAGCCAAAGCAAUUCCCAAGACUCUCCAGAAAAAGAUUGGACUUAGUCAAAUAAUUGAAAGAGUUCCCGAAGCAUACUUGCGCGCUAUUUUCUCAAAAUACUUAGCUAGUCAUUUCGUUUAUCGCUAUACCACUUCGGGAGAUCCCUUCGCGUUCUUCGAUUUUAUUUCUACUGAACUAGCUAAAGUUCAUGCUUAAAUUAUACCUGUGUCGUAUCUCUUCAAAAAUCUCAAAUUUCGUUGCUGUUACUGAGUCAGUAAGAAAGCUUUUUUUUUUCUUCUAUUUAGUGCUUUGUUUGUUUUUUUGUUACUCUUAUAUUUUAGAUACAAAUUAUUACGGUAAAGGAAUAUUUUCACCAUUAAACAAAAAGAAUAAUGAAUAUAUGAUUGAAGAAAUACUUUUGGAGUAACCGAG